GAAAAGCCUGGCAAAACAAAGAGUAUAAGAGGAGAGGUGCGAACAUACUUUAAUGAGUUUUCAGAGAGUACAGAGAAUAUCAGAUUUCUGUAUUUUAUAUGCAUUGAUAUAUUUUGAAUUGCAGUGAAACUACUCAAUGGGAUCACGGUGUCUGGAUGUGUGAUUUCCUAACAUUAACUUCAACAAUGUCUAAAAUAGAGCGUUUAAAUGCCCGAGUGGCGAAGCUCUUAACAGUGGCUGUGCAUGAGGUAUUGGAAGUGGUGAGAGAGACGGUGUCGGAGUACCAGGAGAAAACUGCUCGAACACAAAGAGAGAACGAGAGUCUCAGGCGGAGGCUACAGGAACUGCAAGACAAGACAAAGAGAGCGAAUAUAGAUGCACAGCUUGCUGCUCUUCCUGUUAUGAGAGGAAGGUCUCUCAUAGAGCGGCAGCACUGUGAACAGGAGUGGAGCUCCAGUCUCAGGCAGGACACAGAGCUCACACUCACUGAAGAGAAAGAGGAGAUCACAGAGGAGCACAGAAUCAGACAGAGAGAAGAGGAGGGCAGUGGACUGGAGUCUGAUCACAUGGCAGAGUCAGAGAUUGACUGUGACGUACUGAUAUCAGGACAUGGUCCACUGGGAUCUGAGGACAUUUCUCCAAAGUCUGAUGCAGCUCUGUCGGUCUACAUAUCUCACCCUGGGAUAAGUAACACUGAUACUGACUCUAUCCAUACUGUCAAUAUUUCAAACUUCCACACUCCAACCAGUUCAAAAUCUCAGGUCCUAUCCAUUCUGUCUGCUGAUGAAAUUAAAAUUGAACCCGAACCACUGGAGUACGCCACAUCCCUACAGCACACGGCACAGAUCCAUUUUUAUGAUGGUACAGAAUCAAACGCCGACAUGGUACAAGCUGAAUCAGCUCAGGACCUUCAUCAAGUUAACACAGACUCUUAUGGACUUGUGUACAUAAAUUCAGAUCAGAACACUUUUGAGGACAGAUUUACAUUUGAAAAAAAUAUUAGAUCUCUAUUGGACAGUAGAAAACACAAGCAAUAUCAAAGCAAUCAGGAGCAACCUCACUGUAUUCUAGGUGGAAAGACCUUCACUGGAGUAGGAAGUCUGAGAAUACAUCAGCGGCAUCACACUGGUGAAAAACCGUACUGUUGUAUGCAGUGUGGUCGACGGUUCAGUCAUGCAGGUGACUUCAAAAAACACAAGAGAGUUCACACAGGGGAGAAACCAUAUCGUUGUGCUGUGUGUGGAAAGGGUUUCAGUCAAUCAGGAUAUCUGAAAAUUCAUCAGAGAUAUCACACGGGGGAAAGACCCUACUCCUGCAGUCAAUGUGGAAAGAGUUUCAGUCACUCAAGUAACCUUAAAAAACACCAGCAAAUUCACAUAGGUCAGACACAGGUGAAAACAGAAUUGUGCGGAAUGUCUAAAAUAGAGCGCUUGAAUGCCCGAGUGGCGAAGCUCUUAACAGUGGCUGUGCAUGAGGUAUUGGAAGUGGUGAGAGAGACGGUGUCGGAGUACCAGGAGAAAACUGCUCGAACACAAAGAGAGAACGAGAGUCUCAGGCGGAGGCUACAGGAACUACAAGACAAGACGAAACUGAAGAAUACAGGAAAUGAACAAUCUGCUAUCCUCUCUAUCUCUGAAGAAAGGGUUCCUCCUGGGCAGGAGUGGAACCCUAACCUGAGGCAGGACAUGGAGCUCAUACUCGCUGAACAGAAACAGGAGAUGAACACAGUUGGGCACAGAAUCAGACAGAGAGAAGAGGAGGGCAGUGGACUGGAGUCAGAUCACAUGUCAGAGAUUGACUGUGAUAUAUUAUUACCAGGGCACGACAAACUUGGAUCUGAGGAUGUUUCUCCAAAGACUGAUGCCGUUCUGUCAGUCUACACUUCUCAUCCUGUGAUAAGUAACACUGAUGUGAACUCUGUUCAUACUGUCAAUAUUUCACUUUCUCCCAACACUUCCAGCUUUGGCAUUUUACCAAGUUCUGAUGAAAUAAAAACAGAGCCAGAUUCCUUAGAAUAUAACACAUCUCAGCACUCUUCUCAAAAUCUUUUUUAUGAAUGUGCGGAUACAAGAAGUAACUUGGCACAGACGGAUACCAUCCAAGAGCUUGAACAAGUUAAUACCGAGUCCUAUGGAGUUGCAUACUUUCAUUCCAACCAUAACACCUUUGUAGAUAGAUUUUCCAUUGCAAAAAAUAGAUCAGUGCUAGAUGAUAGAAAACAUAAGCAAGAUUAUAGGAAGGAGGAACAGCACCGUUGCAUUUUGUGUGGGAAGACAUUCAGUCGGGUGGGAAAUCUGAGGAUACAUCAGCGAUGCCACACAGGAGAAAAACCUUAUUGUUGCAUGCAGUGUGGGAGACGUUUCAGUCAUGCAGGCAAUCUGAAAAAACACAAGAGAGUUCACACAGGAGAGCGGCCUUACUGCUGCCAUCAGUGUGGUAAGACCUUCAGUCAGUCAAGUCACCUUAAGAAACAUCAGAAGAUUCACAUUGUCAGACAUCUUAAUGUUGCAUGAAGCAUAGACAUGAACUUUGGAGAUGUGAUUUGAGCUGGUUCUAAGGAACAUAUCUUCAAGAUGAACUGCGAUGACCUGCGAGACAUUUCAAAUCACAUUACUCAGACUUAAUGACACCAGCCUGUUGUCCAGCCAGGAAGUUUUUUUUCUCAGUUGCAAGGAAUACUAAAUCCAUUUUUCUGCACAUAGCUGUAUAAUAUCUAAACCUGUGCAUAUUCAUGCAUGAUUUUUAUAUGGUGGUAAUUACAGUUACAUUUUUGAGUGAAUAAGCUAAACAUGUUACUAAAGGCUCAUAAAUCUGUUCAAGCAUUCUGAAGGCAUAGUUUAAUUUUUGUCAAGCAUUGUGUAGAAGAGAAGGAACCUUUAUCCUCAUAUUGAUAUAUUUGUCAGAGUGUUGUAGCAGUUUGGGAUUAUGACUUGUAACUCAGUUACAUGUCCAAAUUGCAGGUAGGUUACUGUCAUUGUAAUCUUGAUCAUGGUAAUGAAGUAAAAUCUCCAGCUGCAUAAUUAAAAAUAUGGGUAAAAUGUAAUGUGAAUGUCAUUCCGUAUAAAGGCAUCUGCAGAGGAAAUGAAUAUAUUUGGGUACACAUAAUUUCCUUACACAUGCAGCAUUCUGUAUGAAUUGAUUUUAAGGUACUUGAGCUCCAUAAUGUUUGGGACAAAGACAUAUUUUCUUCUUAAUUUGGCUCUGUACUCCACAAUUUUAGAUUUGCACUGUGGUUAAAAUGCACAUUCCCAGCUGUUGAAUGUGUGUGCUUUGUUAGGGUAGGAGGUAAAACCUACAGGACGGUAGAGGGAUCAGGGUUGGGCAGUCCUGCUCUAGCUGUUGAAUGCGUGUGCUUUGUUAGGGUAGGAGUGAAAACCUACAGGACGGUAGAGGGAACAAGGUUGGGCAGCCCAAGUUCUCAGCUUUUGACAGUGUUUGGAAUCUGUUAUGGCCGUUUGUCAAUGUGAGGACAGGAGUUGUACCAAUGAAAGUCUAUGAAACCAUUAAGAGGCUGAGAAAUAAGAGGGAAACAAACCAACCAGAGACUUGCCAAAAUCAGUUGUUUGGAACAUCAUUAAGAAGAAAGAGCAUUGGUGAGCUCAGAAAUCACGAUGGGACCGCAAGGAAGAUCUCUACGGUAGAUGACUACGGUAGAUGACUGGAGAAUUUUUGCCAUAAUGAAGAAGAACCCCCAAACACCUGUCUCACUAAUCAGAAACACUCUUCAGGAGGCAAGCGUGGAUGUGUUAUAGGGCUCAUUCCAAUCACGUAUUUUUCCUCCUCUUUUAUCUUUUACUUGCUCCUGACCCGGAAAUCAAUCAAGGUCUGGCAUUUCCUUUAAGGACAUUCCUGUUAAAUGUUCCUUCUAGGAGCUACAAGUAGAAGGUAAGAACUCCCAAACUGAGGAAACAUGAGCUUAUCCUUUUUUCCUAAAGCGUGACGUAUAAAUGAUCAACCUGUGAGUCCGCCUCUCCCCAUCGGCCACACAUUUGCCACAUCUGUAACUGACGUGGCUUAACUAACACGUCUUGGCUUGACAUUUGACGGAGCAGGGACAUUCCAUUUUCCUAUUUCACGCUUUCUUGAUUUUCCUGUCUUGAAUGAUUUUUCUUUCAUCUUUUCCUCUCAAUGGGUGGAGUUAGGGGCAAGAAAAGCAGAAAGAUACUUCACAAACAGGUCUACAGAGGCUACACUGCAAGAUACAAACCACUCCAGAAGCAGGGUGGCCAGGUUACGGUUUGACAAGUUGUACCAAAAAGAGCCUGCAGAGAAACAGGUCUUGUGGACAGAUGAGGCCAAGAUUAUCAGAAUAUUGGCAAGAGCAAAGUGUGGACUGUGGAGGAUAAAAGGAAGUGCCUAAGAACCAAAGCACCCUCUUCAUCUGUGAAACAUGUAUGGCUGCCACAGGUGUUGGCUCACUUCAUUGAUAAUGUAACUGUUGAUAGCAGCAGCAGCAGCAGCAGAAUAAAUGUAAUUUAUUAAUUUAAAACCAUUUAAUUUUGAAGUGUAGGGGAGACCGGGGAUGGUUGGUACACUUUUCACUCUUUGCCGCAUUUCUCUGGCAUGAUUUGUGUUUGAAUAUUCUAACUAAUAGCAAAUUAAAGGUUAAGGUUUCUGUUGUAGUGGGGUCCCCCGAGUCUGAGAAGACCACAUUGAAAAUCCGGGUUUUAUUUUUAAUGUAAUCGUUGAAAUAAACAGUUUUAAGAUUUUGAA